AUAAAACACUUCUCACUCGCAUGAGCAAUACUAGGAAAAACAUGUAUGAUCAAGCAACUGUUGGAGUAUACUGUCUUACAAAAACAUGUUUAGGUAAAGAAUGAGCUGCCAUGUUGGCCGGCAAUACUUAUCAAAGUGAUUCAAAAGCAUUGUAAAAGUAAAGGUUUUUGAAAAUGUUUUAAAUAUAGAAUGCAAUGGUUGCAUCUUCAAAUUAUUUCAUUUGCAGAAUGGUUCUAAAAGCUGUAGUUUUGGUGAACAAUUCACCUGGUCUAGUGUAUAGAGUAGAAGCAAAAGUUUGGCUCUGCCAUCUUGAUUGUUUACUUUAAUGAGAGCUCCUCCUACAGGGCUGUCAUUAGUAGCCAGCAGCUGGUGAUUAUCGCCAGCUACUUCACUCACGAAAUAACAUCAAAAGUUUAGAUACUGAGCAAGUCUGACCAGAAUAGUCAUUUCCUUGGUAGAAUUAUGAAAGGUAAAGUACUGUAUUUAUUCAUCUAUAAGCCGAACUCUACCUUAAGCUGAGACCCUAAAUUUCGGUCUGUUUUAAUUGGGAAGGUUCUUAAAACGUGUAUAUUGAAAAUACUUGGCUAUAAGCCAAGACCAUAUUCAGAGAAUUCCAUUCUCGAACAAACGGAAAUGACUGCAAAAGUUUCGAAACAGCAAAGUGUUUCAAUGCAGUAUUGCCGUCAAAAACAAUUCCGAGAUAACCGGAGAGUACGUCAUCGAAGAGUCUAUGGUCCGCUGCUAGAGGAAAGAUCAAGAGAACCUCUUUAAUAGAGAGCUCAAGAUGUCAGCAAAAUGCACAACAAUGGGAUGCUACACUUCGAAAUAUCUGUGGCUGAAUGAGAGAUUACUUGACUGGUUUACAGAGCAGAGAAGCCAAGGUAAGUUUUCUUUUUAUGUGAUCGCAAAUUUCAACACCGUAAUAUGCGACAAGUUUGUUUACCAAUCGUGGGAAUGGGAAAUUCUGAUUGGUCAGUUUUGAAAUUAUCAGAACACUUUUGCAAGAUCAAUGACUUGUUCAAAACCUGCAGAAUCUCUAACACUCUAGACAGCAUGGAAGAUGAAGCAAUCUACUCAGAAGAAACAGUAGAACCAGCGGAUGAGGAGGAAAUGGACGACGAAUUUGACGCUGAUACUGAGGACAAACAGGAUAAGAGAGACUGCCUUAAAAUGUCUCCAGGAAAAGGCUUAAAAUGGUAUUUAAGCUUGUGCAACUCUGCAGGCACAGGAAGAGCUUUCUGCAAAUUUAGAUUUAAUAAAUGUUUUGUUCUCGAUUGUGAUUGUCUUUCUGGUGGGAGACACCUCUUGAAAAUGCUGGAAAUGGCAUUUGCUUGACUAUCGAUUUCAUAAUUUUCUUAGGGGGUGGAGUGGGGGGGGGAGCCUACUAUUUUUAUCAGCCACCUCAACUGACUAGUCAUUAUAGUACUGUUCUUUUCAAGAAGUGAGACUUACUAGAAUUUCUCUGAGGAAAGGCAAUUUUUGGUAAUGUCAAAAUGUUUAACUCAUUUUGCUUCCGAGGGCUUUGCCCCCUGGACCCCUAACAGGGCUCUUCCCCUGUACCCCGCUGGUGACCUGGGUGGCCCCCAAACCCCUCACCUGUGAGGGGGCCUCUGGCCCCCUUAACUGUCUACUUUCAAAAUAUCUCCACCUACUUCAUAUCUUAUUGACAGCCCUGAAUCCUAAACAAUAAGUGCAUUGAACCCACAAGAGGAGGACUGAUUUUUCCAUAGUGAAGAUCAAAUCUUAUUUAACAAGUAAUUCACAAAGGAAAUGCAUUUUCUGUUGAUCAGAUCCUUGUUACAUUUUUUCUUUGUCUGUUAGGAAGUCAGUCCCCAAUUUUUUUACAAAAUAUAUUCAGUUUUCUUUAAGUUUUCAAUCUCAAUCACUUCAUUUCUAGUGCUUUAAACUUAAUUCUGUAUAUAAAGAAUGCAC